CCCCUACACUGAACAGUCUCCUCCAAAAUAUUUAUUAAUCCAUGAGUUUAAUUAAGAACAGACUUUCAGUCUAGAGACGUCUUAGAAUUCAACUGAUUUGUCUGUAAGAUUAUAAUCUAUCUGCAGAAAUUAUUUAUGAUCAUGGCUUCCCUGAACAUCUCCAAAACCCUUGUCCUUGUGUUUGCCUGUCUGCUUAGCUUCACCGGCGAAGCAGCUGUAACAUACUUGUAUUACGACUGUCCCAACACAACUACCUUCACUCCAAAUGGGACUUACCACCAUAAUCUCAACUCCCUCCUUUAUUCUUUCACUUCUAAUGCUACCGGCGGCAAUGGAUUUUACAACCUCACCCUCGGUCAAGGCUCUUCAGACAUCAUUCAUGGCCUCUUCCUCUGCCGGGGCGAUGUCACCAAGAAUAUCUGCCAGGAAUGCGUCACAACUGCUGCUAAAGAGAUACUUCACCGUUGCCCACGGGAGAAAGUUGCUUUAAUCACUUACGAUGAGUGUAUGCUGCGUUACUCCAGCCGAGAUUUCUUCUCUUCUGUGCAAAGAGAACCCAGUUUACAGCUGCUGAAUACGCAGGAAGUUUCAGAGCCCGAGCGAUUCAUGGACUUAAUGGUGAAAACGAUGAAUAAUGUUACUGCACAAGCGGCGGACGAUCCAUCUGGAAAGAGGUUUGCUACAGCGGAAGCUAAUUUCUCAAGUUUCCAAAAGCUGUACACCCUUGCACAGUGUACGCAGGAUUUAUCUGUGGGUAGUUGCAAUGAAUGCCUUCAGGCGGCCGUGGGCGACCUUCCCGGUUGCUGCAAUGGAAAGCAAGGAGGAAGGGUUGUGUUUCCAAGCUGUAAUGUUAGGUAUGAGCUAUACCAAUUUUACAGGGUUGUAGCUCCGCCGCCAUCUACCGCCUUACUUCCGUCAAACCCUUCGCCAGAGCAGAAGGGCAGAAGGAAAAUCUCAAGUGUUAUUAUUAUUGCCAUCGUUGUUCCAAUCUUUGUCUCUGUGAUGCUUUUUGCCAUGGGCAUCUGUUAUCUAACUAGAGCCAGAAAGGGAAGCUCCAGAUAUGAUGCAGUGCCAGAUCAAAGCGUUGGGAACGAAAUUACAACCGCACAGCCCCUGCAAUUGGACUUGGCCGCCAUUCAGACUGCAACAAAUAACUUUUCUGCUGAUAACAAGUUGGGUGAAGGUGGAUAUGGAAAGGUUUAUAAGGGUAGACUGCCCAGUGGACAAGAAAUUGCUGUGAAGAGAUUAACAACAAGAAGCUCCGAACAGGGUGCAGAAGCAUUUAAGAAUGAGGCUGCUACUUUAGCUAUGCUUCAACACAGAAAUCUAGUGAGGCUAUUAGGAUCCUGCUUGGAAGCGAAAGAGAAGAUACUCAUUUAUGAAUUUUUCCCCAACAAGAGCCUUGACUACUUUUUAUUUGAGACCGAAAAACAAAGAAAAUUGGAUUGGCCAAGACGUUACAAGAUAAUAGAAGGAAUAGCUCGAGGGAUUCAAUAUCUUCAUGAAGAUUCUCGACUUAAAAUCAUACAUCGUGAUCUCAAAGGUAGCAAUGUUCUGCUAGAUGAGAAAAUGAGCCCCAAAAUAUCAGAUUUUGGCAUGGCAAGAAUUUUCAGUGUUGAUCAAAGCCAAGCCAAAACGGAUAGAGUCAUUGGGACAUUUGGAUAUAUGGCUCCAGAAUAUGCAAUGCAUGGACAAUUCUCAGUCAAGUCUGAUAUAUUCAGCUUUGGUGUCUUAGUGCUAGAAAUUAUAAGUGGAAGGAAGAAUAGUUCUUUCUGUCAAACCGAUGGUGCUGGAGGCCUCUUGAGCUAUAUUUGGAAUCAUUGGAGAAAUGGGACACCUACAGAAGUGUUAGAUCCAACUAUGAUGGGUUCAUGUUCUAGAAAUGAAGUGUUGAGAUGCAUCCAAAUAGGAUUGUUAUGUGUUCAGGAUGAUCCAGCUGAUAGAACAACGAUGUCAACAGUAGUUCUCAUGCUCAGCAGUUACUCUGUUAGUCUAUCGGCACCUCAAAAACCAGCAUUUUUGUCCAAAGGGUUGGAGUCUGAUCAAUCUGCUAGCAAGUCAGUGCCAUGUUCUGUCGAUGAGGAACCAAUUACUGGAGUACAUACUCGAUAGUCACAAAUGAGAUUUCUCCACAAACAAAGCUGUAGUAUAAGUUAAUUAAUGGUGUUAGCUUAAUGGUAUUAUAACUAUGGGAAAAUACUUUUCUGGAUCUAGUUUCA